UUGAGCCGUGAGUAAAUGAUGACACUUGGAUACAAAAAAUACCACUGAGUUAAAUGACAACCACAGAAAGGCAUCACUACUUCACACAGCAAGGUUGAAGGCACAAUGCCAGCUGAACCGAUCAGUCAGCAGCCUGGCUGGCCCAGCUUGAUGAACUCAGACAACAGGGAGAGUUAAGGAGUGGGAUGUAGCGUAUCUAGAGCAAGAGGACAGACACACACACAAACACACUCCUCACUCACGACUCGGAAGCUUACCGGCGUCUAUUGGAUCAUUGUUUCUUUUUUUAAGAAUGCAAGGAAUGUUUUUUUUUUUCUUUAAAAGGAAAUAUCCCACACCUAGUGUGUGUCAGGGAGAUCACAGAAGUGGACCACACGGCUAGAUGGGAAUACGUGAAUUUUUCUGGACGUUAAUCUUGAAUCAAUUGAACCUGACAGCUCACCAAAGGAAAUAUAGGAGGCCUUUCUUUAUUUAAGCUUGACCGAACGGAUGAUAGAACCCUGCCUCUAGGGAAAAACAGAUCACAUUUUCAAGUGUCAACCAAGAAUGCUGCAGCUGCACCCUGCUGUUCCAGUGCUGAUUCCAGAGCCAGUGGAGCCGUCGACCGGCAGGUGAACCGGAGUGACUUGGUGUCCAAGGGCAGUCAGUGGGUGUCCCUCUGGGUGCAACAGUGUGACUCUCUUUGCGGAGCCGCACCGCACCACCACCAGUGCAGGAGGGGGUGUGUGUGUGUGGGGGGGGGGGGGGGGGGCAGGGGGCGACCAUGUCCAACUCCCACCAGCAGAGCCUGGACGAGGAGGCCGUGUUCCUACCUGUCACCGAGGCCUGUCCCGAGUUCCUCCACUGCGAGAGCGAGCGUCUGGCCGUGGAGAGGCUCAUGAGCGUGGGCCCCGCGGCCUUCUAUGCCUGCCUGGGAGCGGAGAAUCUGGGCGGCUUCCUGUCUCAGGAGGAGGUGAACCACAUCAGCGGAUGGGCGCAUGACUACACCGUGAGCCGGACGCAGGCGGUGCCGGAGUCCAGGGGGGGGGGGGAGGAGGAGAAGGAGGGCAACGGUGAGGACGGCGGGAGCUCAGCGGCACGAUGCCUGUCGUCCUGCUACUUCCCCACUCACUCCGACGUCCCCGCCCCCUGUCUGGACCUGGGCUGGCCCGAGAGGAGCAUCUGGCCCGGCCGGGACUGCGUCAAAGUCCUCACCAACCCGCCGGAGGAAGGGCAGCCGUCCAUCAGAGAGAUCGUCAGAAGGCAUCUGCAGCAGGCUAGCCAGGUUAUUGCCAUAGCAACAGAUAGGUUGACGGACAACGUGGUAAUAGGUGACCUCCACAGUGCUGCUUCUCGAGGGGUCCCUGUUUAUAUCAUACUGAAUCAGAGGUCCACGCAGGAGGACUGCACACCCAGCAUGCUUCGGCAUCCGAACAUGCAGGUUCGCGUUCUUGGAGGGAAAACGUUCUGCUCGAGGGAAGGAAGAAUGGUGGUCGGGCAGAUGAAAGACAACUAUAUCUUGGUAGAUCUAGAGACAGUUAUCCACGGCAGCUACAGUCUUACCUGGACAGACGCCCACCUGCACCGGCAUCUGGUCACGCUCCUCAGCGGCCCAGUGGUCGGGUCCUUCGAUCGAGAGUUUCGCAUCCUGUUUGCCGCCUCGCUCCCCGUGCCGGAGGUACGUGCGGCCCCCCUGACCGUGGGCGAUACCACCCAUUACCGAAUGAACGAGUCAUCAGACCUCUGGUACCCCAACCGCCCCCUGCUGGGACCCCUCCUAAGCCCCCCUCCCCCGCCGCCCGAGGGGACCCCUCUGGACUGGGAAGCCCUGGGGGUCUUCCGCCGGAAAAGCUACCCCCAUGACAGUCCCACUGACCCGUCGGUGGAAGCCAGGGAGAGGCCUACACAGAACUUUGCGCCAUUCGAGAAACAGCCACCCGUCGAGGAUGAUUUUUCACGGAACAUAACUAAACGUCUGGAUACAAGAGACAAGCUAAGGGAAAAAAACACUCCAGGUGCUAACAAGGCUCGAGAAACACAAUUCUCGAUGACAGAUUCAGGUUUCAACUCCAAUACCGCUGAAAUACCACAGAGGAUUGGACCCAAAAUUGAACAGGUCUAUAACAGAAAUCUCGUCCAAGACAGCAAGGAUGUGGAAGACAGGAAAUUGUUUACGAAUGUGGAGCGCAGGAAAGAGACAACCUUAAAGCACGAAAUCAUCGAGUAUUCAACCAAUCAGAGACGAGAUCACACAAGAACCCGGGAAGCCCUUCACGAAGAUGGACAUGUUGACGCGGAUGAGAUGAGCUUCAGAGCUGAGAAGCAGCCAUCUUCUAGAAAACCUUUGAUACUUAGGGUGCCCCAGAAUGACAACUACAGCUCUCUGAGUGACAUCAUGAGGAGGCUGCAGCCUCAGCCGAGCACCUCGGCACAGCAGAAGAGGGGAUCCAAGAUGGCCAUGUCGGAGCUCAGCAGAUCCAUGAUGGACCUCAGCGCAGAACCAACUCAAGAGAGGGGAACAGCAGUGCCGAGGUUACAUGCAAAUUUCUUUGACCCAGGUCGCAUGACACCGGCCAUCGCCUUGAUGAAGAAAAGGAAUGAUGAAGUGAAGGUCGGACUGUAUCGGACACCAAUCUAUCAGCCCACUGCGAGGCCUAGGAGUUCCACUUUUGGAAUGCAAACGGACUGGAGGAGACCGGGUGACAGGGAUGCCGAGAUGAAGAACUAGAUGGCAAAAAGGACCAGAGAGGCAGUGCAAGAAGAAAACUGUUACAGAUUAUGCUAACCAUAGACUACAAAAUUGUUCAGUGUUAACAUCCCCCCAGACUUGAAAUUACCAUGCAUAUACAAAGAACAGAAAAAUCGGGUUCCUUCCUUGUAUCAUGACAGUGUAACUAUGGUGGAUUCAAAAUAAACAUGCAAACCUUAUCACA